GCGCAUACCACGAAGCUCAGUGUCGCCUUGGCCGUCGCGUCAUGCGGCGAGGCACAAUUCUUCCGGUGAGUUUGUCAUCAUGUGAUGCGGCUCCUAGCUUUCUGUACCGAAUCAAUCAUAGUCACACCCAUCGAUACAAGAUCCGGGAUCUGUCGUAUCAAAGAUACCACUACCUUUAUUCAGCUUGGUCGUCGUGCUUAGCUUGUAUUCGAACGAUGAACCGUAUAGCAUCUAAGUAUGAACAGGAGCAUUCCCAAAAGAGAUCAAAAUAGAAGGUCGGACAUACCAAACUGACGAAUGGAUGAAUACCCCUUCAACAAUCCUUGACGCGGUAACAAGACGCCUGCAUCUGCAACCAGAUCACCCUUUGACCAUCACACGGAAACUCAUCGAGUCCCGGUUUCCAGGUUACAAGACUCAUAAUGACCUCUUUCCUAUCGUCACAACUGGACAAAAUUUCGACUCGCUUGGCUUCCCAUUAGACCACAUAGGUCGUAGUAGGACGGAUACAUACUACCUAAACAAGAACACUGUGCUACGAACACAUACUUCAGCGCAUCAAGCCGACACAUUCCGCAACAACGAGAGCGAGGGGUACCUCAUCAGUGCCGAUGUAUACCGAAGAGAUGCGAUUGACAGAAGUCAUUAUCCCGUGUUCCAUCAGAUGGAGGGAGCGCGAACUUGGGAUCGCCAACAAGCAGAAAGAGAAGGCAAGACACUGGCGCAAGUCAUCUGGGAUGAUGUGGAGAAGAUUCCUAAGCACAAUGUUGCAGUUGAAGAUCCAAAUCCUCCUUUUCAUGCUGAGCGCAACCCACUUCAAACAGGUCACUCAGCAGAAGAGGCCGAAGCCAUGGCAGCACAUCUUAAACGCAGUCUCGAAGAUAUGGUAGUUACGGUUUUCAAUGCUGCAAAGAGUGCUACAGAUACGGAAUCACCAAAUGAGCCACUGAAGGUACGAUGGGUAGAAGCCUACUUCCCCUUCACCUCGCCCUCGUGGGAACUCGAGGUCUUUUGGCAAGGCGAUUGGCUCGAAGUCCUCGGUUGUGGCAUCGUCUCACAACCCAUCUUGAACAACGCCUCGGUCCCUACACGCAUAGGCUGGGCUUUCGGUAUAGGUCUGGAACGCAUCGCUAUGUUGCUCUACUCUAUCCCAGACAUACGCCUGUUCUGGUCAAAGGACAAUCGGUUCUUAUCGCAAUUUAGUGAGCAGAAAACCAUGUGCCGCUUCGUGCCCUUCAGCAAACACCCUGCAUGUUUCAAGGAUGUAAGCUUCUGGUUGAGAAGUAGUUCUAACGCUGCUGGUGGAGCCGUAGCGGUUCAUCCACCUGCAGGAGGCAUGUCAAACAACACGCCCACAACAUCAUCCGGUGCACCAAUUCCACCAGCGGCUCCCGCGCCAUCAUCCUCCAGUUUCCAUGAAAAUGAUGUGAUGGAAAUCGCGCGAGAGGUCUGCGGUGAUCUAGUGGAAGAUGUGCGUCUCACGGAUGAAUUCGUGCAUCCCAAGACUGGACGCAAGAGCUUGUGCUAUCGCAUCAACUACCGCAGCCUGGAACGCACACUCACGAAUGAAGAGACUAAUGAGCUGCACGAGCGGCUGAGGGGCUUGCUUGUGGAGAGGCUGGGCAUUGAACUAAGAUAGCGUCGGUCGCGGAGGACUGUUACGGGGCAUACGGUACGAGUUUGAGAUGUACUGAUCGGGAAGGCGGAGCUGGUGGAAAUCCUUUUUGGUGUUGGAAAACGGUGCGGGAAGGAGCUCGCCGAUAUGGAAAAAGUAAGGAUAGGAGAGGGUGUGAAGGCAGCACGGCCACGUGAAAGGUAGGGAUGGCGACCAUGGGAUUCUACGAUCUCGAUCGCAAUAUGGAGUUUCCAGCGGAGUGAGUGUACGUGUGUGGUAAAGGGCGGAGACGAAGGGAACGGACGACUGCCGGAUGUGUAGGUGUGUGUGCAGGAGAAGGGAACUAAUGUCGGCUAUCGACCCUUUCCCUCCUCACGGCGAUGUCCACUGCAUGAAGUGGUACUUUGUGGCAAAACUAUGCACGACGUUCACAUCCUCGGGACCC